GCCUGGUAACAAGACGUUUGAGUAAUUUAUGAUAACGCGGCUAUUCAAUUUACAAUUAAAUUCGUGCAAAAUAGUAUCGAGACGGAUCUGUUGUGUCGCGACACCUGAUCGCAUUAUUGCUCGUCAAUUAGGCACAGGGAACUGCGGUAAAAUCAUGACAGAGCAAGAAAACGGGGAACUGACACCGUCGGAUCUGGGUACUCUUGAAUUCUGGGAGAACGCGUACGAGCACGAGCUCGACAACUUCCGCGGGCACGGUGACGUGGGCGAGAUAUGGUUCGGCGCGGCCAAUUCGCGCAAGAUCGUACGGUGGAUCGCCACGAAAUUGGAUUUAAACAAAGAAAGCGAUAAGAUAAUCGACGUAGGAUGCGGUAAUGCAAUGACCUUAGUAGAACUUGCAAAGGAAGGAUUCACGAAUUUGAUGGGAGUGGAUUAUUCAGAGAAAGCGGUGGAUCUGGCACGCAUGGUGUUGAAUGACAACGAUUUGCCAAAUGUGAAAUUGGAAGUCUGCGAUAUUCUCGAUAAUACGCUACCGCACGACUUUAAAGUCGUGCAUGACAAAGGCACUUAUGACGCUAUCAGUUUAAAUCCAGAAAAUCCGACGGAAAAAAGACAAAAAUAUAUAGAAAAUAUAUGUCGCAUUCUUUUACCGAGAGGAUAUCUAGUUUUGACUUCCUGUAAUUGGACGAAGGAGGAAUUGCUGAAACACUUCACAAAUCAGUUCGAAUUCCAAAGUCAACUUCCUACGGAUACGUUCCAAUUUGGAGGGCAGACAGGAAACUCUAUAACACAAUUGGUCUUUCAGAAAAAAUGAUAAAAGCAAAAAUAUAUUUUCAUAUAAAUUCCAAAUGAAUAAAAUACUUAUUUGGGUUACAAAACUUUCUUUAUUGUUACCUUUCAAACACACGAAAACAUAUACAUAUUUUUUAAAGGGUUCAAGGAUUUAUUUGUGCACAAUUACAUAAAAUGAUAUUAAAAUGGGAAUAAUAAUUAGUUCUACAUAUUCUUAACUAUAUUAUCAUAUUACAAAUUUUAUAAAAGAUACUUAUACUAAAUCAAACCUUGCGACAAUUCCCUGUGAUUGCAUUAAAUGUACGAUAGCAAAAUUAAUAUAUUACAUACUGAGUGCGAUUAUAUAUUAGCAUUAAGGCAUCACUGGCAAAAGAUUAUAUUAUAUAUCUUUUUAAAGAAUUCAUUUCUACGUAUUAAGAUAUAAGUAUAUCUAAAUAGAUGUCUAGAGUGAAGACAAAAUUUAUAUGAUUUAAUAAACGGAUUGAAUUAUUUCUGAAUCUAAGGAUUAUGGAUUUUGAAAUAUUUAGAAAAUUGUAUACAUUUUGAAACAAAGUUAUGUUAAUUUAUAAUUUAUAUUGUUAUCAUAUAUUUUGAGCGUUAAAUAUAACAUGAUAUCUCUGAAUAAAUCAUAAUACAAUAAAUGCGUUGUGUAUUUA